AUGUCUUUCGCACGACAGGCUUAUGCUCAGGUCCAACGUAGGGCGUUUACCGCCUCUGCGAGACAGUCCUCAAAAGUCACUGUUCUUGGUGCCGCUGGUGGCAUUGGCCAGCCAUUGUCCCUGUUGAUGAAACUGAAUCCUCGCGUUUCCCAACUGGCUCUUUACGAUAUCCGUCUUGGUCCAGGUGUUGCCGCCGACAUCAGUCACAUCAACACAAAGAGCACCGUCAAGGGUUAUGAUCCAACGCCUUCAGGUCUCAAGGAGGCUUUGUCCGGUGCCGAGAUCGUCCUCAUUCCCGCUGGAGUUCCCCGAAAGCCCGGCAUGACUCGUGAUGAUCUCUUCAACACCAACGCCAGCAUCGUCCGCGAUCUUGCAAAGGCUGUGGCUGAUGCCGCACCCAACGCCAAUGUCUUGGUCAUUUCCAACCCCGUCAACUCCACCGUUCCCAUCGUUCGCGAAAUCUUCAAGUCCAAGGGUGUCUACAACCCCAAGCGUCUCUUCGGUGUCACUACCCUGGAUGUUGUCCGUGCCUCUCGAUUCGUCUCCGAGAUCAAGGGAACCGACCCCGCCGAUGAGAACAUCACCGUUGUUGGUGGCCACUCCGGUGUUACAAUUGUGCCAUUGAUCUCGCAGUCUGGCCAUACCGAUAUUGCUGGGGAGAAGCUCGAUGCUCUUGUCAACCGUAUCCAAUUCGGUGGUGAUGAGGUCGUCAAGGCCAAGGAUGGUGCUGGCUCUGCAACACUCUCCAUGGCUAUGGCUGGUGCCCGAUUUGCUGAGAGUCUGUUGAAGGCAUCUCAAGGUGAGAAGGGUGUCAUUGAGCCCACCUUUGUCGAAAGCCCUCUCUACAAGGACCAAGGAGUCGACUUCUUCGCAUCCAAGGUCGAGCUUGGCCCCGAAGGUGUCGAGAAGAUCCAUGAUCUUGGCAAACUCACAACCCAUGAGGAGAAACUGGUUGAAGCCGCAUUGGCAGACUUGAAGAAGAACAUCCAGAAGGGAGUGGACUUUGUCAAGGCUAACCCAUAA